AAAAUUUUUGUAUCUUUACAAAUUAUUUAUAGGUUGUUGAAAAUGAUUGUAAAUCUUACAUUGACAGGUAUGCCGUUUUUUCUGCUACUUGGGGUUCUUUUUCUCAUUAGUUGUUUGGGGUUCAUCAUAAAUUUUGCGGACACCAUGACCAAUAUUUUAAAAAUACGAAUAUUUAUGACUGUCAUAACCGCUAUAUACAUGACUAUAUUAUUUUGUUGGACUGGUCAACAACUGAUAGAUGUGUCAAACAAUCUAUUUUUUUCUUUGAUUGGAGCUCCUUGGUACUAUUGGAAUCUUAAAAACAUUAAAAUUCUUUUGAUACUUAUAAUAAAUUGUACUAAGAAUGACAACAUUGUUUUGGCUGGGAUUUGUGUAGAUUACAAACUUCUUGUUGUAAUUUUACGAAUCUCCGUCUCAUAUGCUCUAGUUUUGUUCAAGCUUCGCAAAAGUAGUCUCGUUUGA